AUGUUUCUAAGAACACCAGUAAAAAUACAAACUAGCGAGAAAAGUAUUCAUACGCCCCCCAGGGAUGAUGAUACUUUGCUGCGAGGCCCCGCCAAGAAAUUAUUUCGGAGCUUUACAGAAAAAUCUGACAACCAUAGUAAACAUCAAAAUUCAUCGCCUCAAGAUGUGUUUUUACCAAAUCAAAUGUAUUUAAGAACACCAGAUAUGAGCCCCGAAGGUAAAUCUACUUCAAAAAAACGAAAUAUACCAAAACCUUUAGAUUUUUCUCAAAUAACGACGCCUCCACAAUCAUUAAAAAAGACUUCAGCAAACUAUCAUAGAGAUAACUGGGGGCAAUCGCAUAUCAAAUUAUCACCUUUAACAACCAAACCCUCACAUAAGAAAAUGGUAACAUCGACAAGUACUAUUAUGCGCGAGAAUGUUAGCGAAAGCUUCUCUUAUGGUAAAAAUAACUAUAAUAGACUGUCUCUUGACACAGUUCCUUCACAAAGGGAGUCUCUAUUAUCAGGAUCUUCUACUUGCAGUUCUUUGAAGAAGUACAACAAUCAAAAAUGUUCUAUUUGCGAUGAAGAAAUGACAGUGACAUUUAAAGGCGAGAAGAUCCUAGAGUUGGAUUGCGGUCAUUUAUCUCAUUAUGAUUGCUUUAUGGCCAUUUUUGAAGAGACUCAUUCAAUAAACGAGCUCCCGAUCUGCCAGAUAUGUGGUUCUCAAUGCCAACCUUGCGAUGAAGAUAUCUUUUCAGAUAUUACUUCUCAAUUAUUGACACUUAAAAGAAGUCUUGGUAUUUCCAAUACAAAUUCGAAUCACGGAAUGAACUCUAUUGCAGCGAGAGCUAUAUUUGAACGGGAACAACAAGUUACACCUGUUGAGAGGAUAAUAAAACCAUCACAGAUAACCUCUGCAGGUUUUAAAACCCCAACAUUAUCGUGCACUCCUGCAAUUGAGAAGCCAGUGGAAGAAGAAGAUGGUUACGAGACGGAUAUCUUUGUAAGCUCUUCUUCAACUUCUUCGAUGAUUAUCAAUGGACUCACUAUCGACCUUGAAGAAAAGUUAAGUAAUAGUGAUUCAGAAGAUGUGGAAGAACUCCUGCCCUUAGUAACCAAACCGUAUGAUGACACUAUACAAUUAGAAUUUCCAGAGCCGUGUAUGGAUGUGGAUAUGAAGUCUGCCUGUCAGUUUUCAAAUAGAACCGGGCUUAAAAAAUCGAUUUGCUCACAAGAAAAUCCACAGUUCAAUGAAUUUGCCUUUCGAAGGAAUCUGUCUGAUUAUAUUCACAACCUUUUGAGCAUUACUAGUUUUGAUAGUACUGGUGAUUUACAUAUGUUUAGUAAUUUUGCAUUUUCAACUGAUGGCGAAUUUUGGACACAACCUAUUCUAGUGUUUUUAUUUGAAAAAUGCCUGACCUUGUUUGAGGCUGAUAGUCGCAAUAUCAUUGGACAAUUACCAGUAAAUCAAAUAAGUUCUACCUCUGAACUGAGACACAACAAUGAAGAGAUCAUUGUGAUAGAUUUGAAGAGCUGCUUAUUUCCGCAGAUAUUUUUGAAGAAUCACGAAGUAGCUUUUUACAAGCAAGAGAAAAUAAAAAAGUGGCUGUACUAUCUAACCGACAUUGGUAGAGUCAGGCCGCCACUUAUUGACUUGACGGACUGUUCUAUCAAUGUUAUACCUAUUGAGCUCUCUAUAUCAUACGAGCAGGAAGUUUUAAGGCAAAGAAUAAAUCAAAAGAGCAUGCCACAGCCUUGGGAUUCGGACUUACUGAAGAGGAAACUGUGCUUAGUGGUUUGUAUCGAUUUGCACAAAUCAGAUCCAAAUGAAUCUAAUGCAUCUGACAUCUUGGGGAAGAUCUUGAACACAUUAUGUCUAGAUGAUAUGCUUGGCCUUGUGUUAGUUGGAAAAAAUGGAAAUGGUGAGGUGGGGCCUUACGGAACAUUCAUUGGGCCUGUCAACAAGAAAUGGGAAGGGUGGAUAGAUGUCAUUAGAGAUAUUGAACUAUGGCUAAGUGAUGAUCAUAACUAUGAAUUUAUCAGCACGGAGGAAAAAAUCAAAGUCAUUCUUCAUACAUGCCGAAGGAUAACUACAAUGAUGCAAUCAGAUAGUGAUUCGUCUAAUGUUCUCAGAAAUCUAGUAAUAAUCCAAGCGGGCGAGGAUAAACUGGAAGAGACUUUACUCAAUAUCAGCGAUGGAGCUAAGAAAGAUUACGAUAGUGUGACACAAACCAACCAUUUCAGUAUAAGCACUUGUAAAGCAACUGAUAUCACCUCUCAUAUCAAUACAUUAAGGAGUGACGACAAGUUGGAUGUAACAAUAAGUAAUGAAGAGAAUGUAAUGUGGCUGGGCCACAUGCAGGAAGGACGAGUAUACCAUUACAAAAACAGUUUCAAAGGGAAUGUUACCCUUGAAUGGCGUGAUAAAGACUCUAUACAUCAUAAAACGGAAUUUACUUUAUAA